AUGAAUCUAAACAACUCAUUCCAGGACACAGCACAUGAACCUACAAACGAAACGGACCAUCCAGAUGAUGAUGAAAGUUGCAGUUCACUCCUGGCCCUGCACUUCCUGGCUCUCAUCAUUGCUCUAAUUGGACUGGCAGGAAAUGCAGUUGUGCUCUGGCUCCUGGGCUUCCGCAUGCACUGGAAUCCCAUCUCAUUCUACAUCCUAAACCUGGCUGUGGCAGACUUCCUCUUCCUCUGCUGCCACAUUAUUCAUUCUCUGCUGGAGGUCAUCAGCUUCUAUGAAUUAUCCAUCGAAAACGCUGACAUCUUAAGCAAUGGGUCAAUACUUCCCUACAUUGCAGGUCUCAGCACCCUCAGUGCCAUCAGCACGGAGCGCUGCCUAGCCAUAUUGUGGCCCAUCUGGUACCACUGUCACCGCCCAAUAAACAUGUCGGUUAUUGUUUGUGUUCUGAUCUGGGCCCUGUCCUUGCUGAUGACCAUCUUGGAUUGGUGCUACUCUGGCUUCCUGAGUCAUAAAUUUUCUAAUUUUAAUGCUUGGAAGAAAGCUGAUAUUGUCAUAGUUGCAUUUCUGAUAUUUUUAUUUGUGGUUCUCUCUGGGUCCAGCCUGGCCCUACUGGUCAGAAUCCUCUGUGGCUCCAGGAAAAUUCCCAUGACCAGACUAUACGUUACCAUCUCACUAACGGUGCUGGUCUUUGUUGUCUGUGGCCUGCCUCUUGGCCUUCACUGGUUCCUAUUAUAUUGGUUUGAGGAUCAUUGGAUUAUUUCCCUUUGUCAUAUUGACCAAGUCACCUUUGUCCUGUCCACUGUCAACUGCUGUGCCAACCCUGUCAUUUACUUUUUUGUUGGCUCCUUUAGGCAGUGGAAACAGAAUCGGAACCUCCAGGUGGUUCUGCAGAGGGCUCUGCAGGAUACUCUUGAGGAGGGCGGACAUGGAGACAGCCUUCCUUGGGAGACCCUGCCAGUGCCAGAAAGCAGAAAAUGA